UCCAAUUCCAUCACUCGAGGGAGGGAGGGAAGGGAUUUGGAAUUGGGAACGCGCGGGAUUCGAAUUCUCAAAUCCGCUGCGGCCCUCUUUAUCUUCUCUCACCCGAUUAGCCGAUCCCUCUCUUCUCCUGUUUUCUCCCAUCAAAACCCUACCCGCUCAUUUCGCCUCUCCUCAAUCCCUAUUUUCCAUCACCUCUGCAGAUUCCACUGAUCUCCCACCGCCGCUAGACAGGAUGGCCAGACCCGCAAGUCAGCGAGAUGUAGCAACCAAUAGAGGCGACCCGGCGGAGCGCUGUGGUAGAAAAAACGGUCAGGAGAGAGAUGUCGGAGUCGCACCGUCAACUGGCCAAGGAGCAGCUGAGCGUCGGGUUCUUCGAUCUCGUUAUCUGGCGGUCAAGAACCUGAUCAGCGAUAAGAGGGAGGAUAUUACGGGAGUUGAUUCCGACAAUUUCAACUCGAUCAUUACGGAGGUUGAAAGCUUGCACGAGCUCGUUCAGAAGCCUAGGGAGCAGGUGGCAGACGCAGAGGCUCUUUUAGACAUUACCAGCACCUUGGUAACAUCUGUUAAGUCUCAAGCAAAUGAAGGAGUAACCCCUUCAGAUUUUGUAAAUGCUCUUCUAAAGAGAUAUGGAGAAGUAACUGGAGGAGGAAACAUUAUCCAAUGGUCAGAUCUUGGCCAUAAUGUUGCUCAUAUUUGCAGGAAUGCCUUUGGAUGCUCCACAAUGAUUGGUCCUAUGGGCAAUGAAUUGAAGCAACGUAAGGUUGUUGUUCAGAGAAAAAGGACAAAACCAACUGAAAACACUCAGCCAGAAGAGCUUGUCAAUUCUGGGACUGAGGUUAAAACUGAGACUGACAAGAAUAUGACAAUCAUGUUUGGCAUCUUAAGAAGAAAGAAAAGUAUAAGGCUGGAGAACCUGGUGCUAAAUAGAGAAUCAUUUGCACAGACUGUAGAAAAUAUUUUUGCCUUGUCAUUUCUGGUAAAAGAGGGAAGAGCAGAGAUGACUGUGAAUAUCAAUGGGCAUCAUAUUAUUUUUCCAAGAAAUGCUCCUGCAGCUUCUGCUGUUGCAUCAGGUGAAGUCUCAUACAGUCAUUUUGUUUUCAGAUUUGAUUUCAAGGACUGGAAGCUGAUGAUUGACAGUGUUGCCAUUGGGGAAGAACUGAUGCCACACAGAAACAGCUGUGGUGAUGGUAAAAGUGCAUCCAAAUCGAGCACUGCUGGUGAGGAAUCACAUGCCCCUGCAACACCCAUCAGAAAGCUGACUAGAAAUCAGGGUCUGAUCAUACAAGAAGCUUCUGUUGUUGAUGAAUCAAUGGAAACUGCUGGCGCCACCAAAACUUGCAAGAGAAAACAUAUAUUUGCAUAGAUUUGUGCUGAUGGGAGUAUUGAGUUGGAAGUGUUUCAGCUGUACUGUGGAUGAUUAAUUUAGACUAAUGUGGACUGCUUGAAUGCAGUGAUGUCUAAUUUAGGCAUUAGAAUUUUUGCAGGUAAUUGAUUUGUCAGCCAAGAGAUGUAUCAGUCAGAAUCUUGUUUAUGCAGCAGCAGUGGCAGAUACAAUCUAGGCAUGGAGUAUGUGUUUUUGGGCAAAUGUUCUAUGCCUAGUCUGACAUAACCUUGUUGAAACAUAGUUCUAGUAUGAUGUUACUUUGUUGAAACUUUUUAUAGAUAUAUUAGCUUUCAA